AUGCAGGCCCGAUGGGGUCCCUCAGGCGCGGCCCUGCUGGUGCUGGGACUGGUCCCCCUGCUCGUGGCAGGAGCGGCAUCCCCGCGCGUGUACGUGGAGACGGCGGAGGAGCUGUGGCUGGCCGGAAACGACACGAGUGUGACAGAGAUCGUAAUUAUACGCAACCUCACCCUGACGAACGAGACAUGGCCCGCUGGCCAGGUCAUCGAGGUGAGCCAGCGCUCCGUCACGCUCACAUCCGAAGGCGAGGUCACCUUCAACAGCACCUCCCGCACCCUGACGGUGGACCCCGACGUGAGUACGCUGGAUUUCGGCGGCCUCUGGCCCGUGUUCCUGGUGGUCCAGGGUGGGACGCUGGUGCUGAGCAACAUCCACAUCGCCAACCUGGCCUCGCGCUACCUCCCCGCCGUUGUGGGCGCGGCGAUGGUGCGCCCCCUGCAGAGCAACGUCUUCCCCACCCUCUACUUCAUGGCCGGCAGCCUGAUGGUGUACGACAGCACGGUGAUCGACACUUGGCGCUCCGACUGCUCCUACGCCGCGCGCCAGGCGGACGUGCUGCGGUACACGCAGCUGUACGGCCCCAGCAACGUGGGCCUCUUUGACGGCUCAUCCAUCUUCAUGCUGGGCGGCACCCGCGUCACCAUCCAGAUGGGCACCUCCGCCCUGCGCCCCAUCGCCGGCGAGUACACCUACAUCCAGAUGGACGGCAGCUUCCAGACCUGCGUCCUGGACCCCUACCAGCUCUCCCCCGCCGCCGUGCCACCCCCCCCCGGCACGGCCCCAGCAACGUCCUCGCUCUCCUGCGGCGGGCUGGAGACCUGCGCGGCCUCCGACGCCGGCGCCUCCCACACCGCUUCCCACCCCUCCCCGGCAUCCUCCAUCGGCUACGAGACGUGGAUGGUGCUGGAGCUGUGCGACCGGGGCUCGCUGGAGACUGUCAUCCGCAAGCGGCGCUUUGUCUCCGCAGCCACGGGCCGCGUCAUGCUCAAGCCCGUGCUGUACAGCCUGCGCGACAUGGCGCGCGGCAUGGCCUACCUCCACGCCCACAACAUUGUGCAUGGCGACCUGAAAGCAGCCAAUGUGCUGCUGAAGAGCGCAGAGGGGAGCAGCAACGGGUAUGUCGCCAAGAUCGCCGACUUUGGCCUGUCCCAGAUGAUGGAUCCGGGGCAGACGCGCACCCUCAUGCGCACCAUGGGCAGCGUGGGGUACAUGCCCCCCGAGGCCAUGAAGCACGGGCACCUGACCAAGGCCACCGACAUUUACUCUGCCGGCAUCCUGGCCUGGGAGCUGAUCACCAGCACCAUCGCAUUUGCGGGGAUGACGGCAGCCCAGGUCUUCUUCUGCGUCCUCACAGAGGGCUACCAACCCCCCAUUCCGGACACCUGCCCCCCUGCCCUGGCUAGCCUGAUCCGGGACUGCCUGCAGCGGGAGCCGAGUGCGCGCCCCAGUUUUGACAGCAUUGUCGUGCGUGUGGAGGCCAUGCUGGCCGACCUCUGA